UCUCAGACAAAAGAGAAGAUAGCUCCUCGCCACCAUCCUUCGACAUCACCUUUUUCGUCCUUUCUCGUCGAGAGGCAUCAUCCAGCAGAGCACGAAGGCUUCAUCCUCGUUCGCCGCCAACUGAGACGCCGGCCUUCCCUUCUCCACUCAGUCCACCUCACCCACAUCUCAUCUUCCUUGGCUCUCAAUACACCUCGCACAUACGCGCACAUAUACCCCUUGACCCCCGCUAGCCUAUCAACAUGUCAGCAAGAGACGCAGCUUCAGCGUUGCUCCCCAAUUCCAUCUCCUCAGCUCUGACACGCCCACACGCCACGACGGACUCGAGGCUGCUGCAGAAUCUCAUCAAGACGGAGAAGAGCUACACCAACCAUCUCUCUUCGACGGUCACAUCAUCCCGCGCAGCAGCCGCAGCUCUCAAAGCAUGGGGCACCAGCGAAGCAAGAGACGUUGCACAGACGAGUUCGCUCAUCUCAGAUCUCCUCAGCGAAGUCGCCGAUGCGCAGAACAAUCACCUCGAAGCCAUCAGGGGCUAUCGAGAAGCGCUUAAGGACAUUGCAGACCGAGAAGCCUCCAUUCGCACCAUUGUUCGCGAUCGUGACAUUCUCGUCUCACGCCUCAUCAAAGCAUCGAAGAAGAAUGGCGACGUUGCACAUGCUCAGCGUGAGCUCACUGCCUGCGAAGAGGUCUUGGAAGCAGAGGAGCGAGCUCUCAUUGGCGUCAAGCGCCGCACUUUCAAAGAGGCCUUGAGCAUGCGAAUGAAGAUGAUGGGAGACGCGGGAAGUCGGAUGAUCGAGAGCGCGAAGGAGGCAAUUCUGCUCCUCGAUGACUUUGACCAGCACGCUGGCCACGACUACGAUGGAGCCGGGUAUGAUCAGGAGUAUGCACAAGGCAAUGAGUACGGUCAGGGGGGCUACGAUGCGCAGUACGACCAGCAGCAGCAAGGCCAAGGCUACGGCGACUACCAGCAGGAGCAUUACUAUGGGCCUAUGCACCAACAGUACGACGAAGGUCAAGGCAUGCAGCAAGGAUAUGAUUUUGCAGGUCAAGGCCAGCAGCAGAUGCCCAUCUCCCAUGAGCAAUCGAAUUUCGAGAACGCCUCCGUCACCCCAUCUCAGUCGGCUUCGCAGGCAGCUCAAGGUGGCCGAUACGCAGGGAAGGCCGCUGAAGAGCAAUCCUACCAGCAGCCGGCCUUUGCAGCUGGACAUCCUCAUGAAUCCGAGGAGAGGGGAGACUCAGACGCUAGCAGCGAGGCAGACGUCGAGCAAGCCGGCAUCCAGCGUCACGAGAAUCAGCGGCCAGGCCUUCAAUCGCAGAACAGCCAGCCUGCACCAACACCGCCGGCCAAGGAGCACAACCAAGCCAACUACGGUCUGGGACAGCAGAACGGUCGUCCGCCACGAGAAGAGCCUCCUGCGUCAGCGCCUCAGCCUGCCUACUCGCAGCCUCAGAUGUACUCUGCGACGGCGCCGCGCUUCAACUACGAUGGGGCUCAGCUGGCUCCCAUCCCGCAAGCCCCUCGUCUUUACAAUCGAGGAGAGGACAAUGAUUCCUCCUCGGACGAGGAUACACGACCUACUACAGCUCACCAAGGCUGGUCUUCGCGGCCCACUCGCGGUCAAGAUGAUGACAACAGCUCAGAUGAAGGCGGCAGGCGCGGUGGAGCAGGAGGAGGCAGACCCUCAGCUACUCCCGCGCGCCCUGGUCACCAAAAGCGCAACUCUUUCCUCGGCAAGGUAUCCAAACUCUUCAAGACGGACAUGAAAGAGGCGACUAGCGGCGAGCAACACCAGCAGCAGCACUCGCGUCAGGGAUCUGGAAGUAAUCACAGGCGCAGCGAGUCCGCCGACGGUGCCUCUGCCUGGCAGACGCGUACGGACCGUAACGUCAAGACUGCUCAGAAGGAUAACACCAAGGCGUUGGGUCUUCAGCCGAGAUCGAGCUUGCUGCGUCCGCUCGAUGCUGGGGCUGACAAUGACUCGUCGUCCGACGACGAGGAGCGUCGAACUGAUCUUGUUAAGGUGACGAACACCGGCCGAGGCAGGACUCAGAGCAGCGUUGGUGGCUCCCUGCGCCGCACGCCGAGCGAAUUGGCCCGCAUCACAGCAGGUCCUAUGUCCACGAGGCAGCGCAACGAGGCCGAGGCCAAGCGGGAGCAGGAGGAGCUCGAGCGCAAGACCCGCGAGGCUGUCUUUGGCACCGGCGUCGGCAGCGGCAGCGCCACCUUGCCACGUACGCUGUCGCGCACCAACUCGACCAGGAGCGCUGCAGCUCCCACGCCGAAGAAGAAGAAAAAGAAGACGCCAAGCGUUGCCGGUAGUGAGGUUGGGACAAGCGCCACCAGGCAGGCGGGUAGCGCAGGCCCUGCACCCCCAGCGAAGACUGGCACCUACGUCGUGCACGGCGACCAGUCUGCCGGACACCGCGGUCUGGCGAGCCUUGUCCUGCCGAGCGACAUUGCCAAGGGGGGCGAUGCGAAUAAGCCCUAUCCCAGCAUCAUGCCUCCCUCCGGUCUUCCACCAGCAGCCGUCAGCCUCAGUCGCUCCAACUCAGUCAGCACCGUCGGGCGCGCUUCGACGAUCGGCCGGGCUUCGACAGCGAGCAAGAAGAAGAAGCGCACGUCGGCCAUCUCUGACAGCCCAGGCACAGGUCUGGUUGGAAUGAGCCCAAGGGAUCAGGGCAAGUAUACGACGAACAGCUGGGUGCCCCAGCCACAAGGUGGGCAAGGCUUGGCUGCUCAAGCUGUCGCGUCGCUGGGUGUUACGCCCCAUAAGCCUGCGAGCGGAGCAGAGAUUGCACAGAAGCAGACGGCUGCUACGAGCGGGGACGCAACGGGGACAGCGCAGCGCCCGGUGUCCACCCUGGCCGCUCCUUCCCCUGCCGCUCCAGCCAUGCGUCCCUCCUCUUCUCAGCAGUCCACCCCGCUCAAAAGUGCAUUGAAGCACCCGAACCGUCCUACCUCGCCCUCCCCCGCUGGAGCCGGCGCCGCCCCUGUACUGGACAUCAACGCCAGCCUCGGCCCCAUCGUCUCUGCCCCGCCGCGCGUCAGUGCAAUCAUGGCCGAGCAAGAGCAGCCGAGCAUCAUGCCGCCAGUCCCUCAGGCACCUGAAAUGAAGCAGCCCAGCCUGAGCGUGGACAAGAACUUUGAUGGGUCGGGAAGGUUGGAUAUGGGAAGGAGUAGCAGUGCGGAGGGCCUGGCCUCGGGCGAGUCGCAGCAGCAGCAGCCGAGCACCCCAGCACGGGAACGUGUCGCUCUCCCUCAACUGGACAUGCCUGCCUCUGAGCCGUUCAAUGUCAACUGGCGCAGGGACAGUGCUACCACCCCUGCGAGCACCAAGGGCACGCCAGCACAUGCCGUUGCGAAGGGCCAGUCGGAGGAGAUUCUGCUUACGCCGGGAGAGCAGAAUGCUUACCGCAGCUUGAUGCAGUCGCACGGCGGCGAGUCGCCUGAGGCCACACGCAACGGUGGUAAGGAUGCGCAGGGCCGCGACAACGAGGCUUUCGCGACAGAGAAGGAUCCCGAGGGCGUGACUAGGAUCAUGGCCAACCGGGUUCGCGUUGGAGGAGGCUCGGAACGAGCACAGUCUCCUUCGCCUGCUGUGGCUCCGCAGCCCAGCCGCACCUACUCUUCGGAGGGGCGCACUCUGCACACUUCCCGAUCUUCUGCGGCUGCCUCACCUGCACCUGCUGCUCCCCCUCACCUGGCGUCAGCUCUGGCUGCUCCAGCAUCAGACGUUUCCGCUGCAGGCUCAGCGACGGACGGCGUUUCCCGAAGGAAGAGCGUGCGCUUGGCGCCGGACACCAAGCUCCCACCUGAGACGCCCCCUGCUACGGCCAUGGCCUCUGGAGGCAGCACUCGAGCACCUGACGGUUUUGGCGGCUUCAAGCUAGAAUCCAUCUCUGCUCCCGGCUCUUCGCUUGUUAGCAGCGGCAAUGCCCCCAACGACUCUUCGGCGCAGCAAAAUCAGGACAAGCCCAAGUCUUACGAACCGCUGAGCAGUCGCAUUGCGCCUCCUCCGACCGCUCCUCCGCGCUUGCCGAAUAAGGAGCGCGAGCCCAAUGCUUUCAACACGCAGCUAGUACAACCUGAGCAGAGAGAGCGCAGCGGAUGGUCGACGAGGAUCGACCGCCGUCUGGCGAAUGAUGACUCGUCCGAUGAGGAGGGCGGGGCUGCUCAGGGAGGUGCGGGCGCAGGUGAGGGAAUUGACGCUUACGCAAGCGCCAGACGGGCGAUGGGCGUUGCGCAGCGCCAUUGGAGUGAGGCGACGAGCCCUGUUUCAAAGAAGAAGAAGAGCAAGUCGGGAGGCGAGACCGGCUCCGUGAGGAGCAAGAGCUCUAAGCGACGCAGUGGCGUGAGUGAUACGGGGUACAAUCCUGCUAUCCCGCUGCCCAAGGGAAUGGAGGUUGUUGCUCGUGGGAAGGGGAGUGCGAGAUGAUGCGUAUUGGUCACCUGUCAGUGCAGGGAUGACGUGGACGUGGAUGUGCUUCUUGUAGAUCAAUUUUCCGCGCUGAUUUGGAAUGCUAAUGG